UGAGCGUGACGAUAAACGUGCUACGUCAUCUGUCCAGGGUGAUUGGUGGGAAGAAUGGAUGGAUUCGUCGUAUAGCUUAUAUUAAAACCUAAACGGAGGGUGCCGGGCGAGAAAGCGCUGAUCAGAGAAAAGAAAAGCAGCGGGAUAGCACAAAAGUUGCGCCGAAAACGGAACGGUUAGGGACAGAAGAGAGGAUCUCGUUGCUUGUUUCUUCUCCGUCGGGAUGGAUGCGGAUCUAGAGGAGAUCAGGUGCCACCUUUUGGCAGAUUCCUACUACGCCAACGUCUUCCUGGCGUGCUCUCCCUCCCAAUCCUCUCUGACGGAGUGCAGCAACUCCCCCGAGGCCGAGCUUAUCGUCCCCGGCCCCGCCCUGAAGCGCCAAAGAGUAGAGGAUUCCGAGUCGUGCUCCAGAAGUGGGGUGUACGAGGAGGAGGAGGAGGAGGAUGACGAGGGAGAAAGGUUCGUGCAGAGCGCUCUCCGUUUGGACUCGCCGGAGAUCGGAGAAGAUCAGGGGGAGGAGGAGAAUAUGAAGAGAAGGGUCCAGGCGGAAUGUCGUGGGAGGAAUCCUCCAACUCUUCAGUCCGACUCGAACGCACGAGGUAGCUCCUGGGGUCGCGUCCCCCGGCCCACCUGCAUCUCCGGCCAAUGGCACAGCAUCACCCUGAAGGGGAACCUCUCGCAACAAGAGAUGGCGUUUUUUGGUGCCACGAAUUGCCAGGUUUGCCAUCAAGUCGCGUCGGCCAAGCCGAACCGACCAAAGGGGGAGGUGAAGGGUAGCGUCCAACUGCAGGGACGGAAGAAAGGGGGGAAGCACUACAGGGGGGUGAGGGAGAGGCCUUGGGGGAAAUUCGCGGCGGAGAUCAGGGACUCAGCCCGCCAGGGCGCGAGGGUGUGGCUUGGGACAUUCAACACAGCAGAGGAGGCGGCGCUCGCCUACGACCGGGCUGCCUACAAGAUGAGGGGCUCGCGUGCGCUGCUCAACUUCGCGCUUAGCGUGGUGGCGCCGGAGGUGGAAGCGGCUCAGCCAACCGGUGGUGGCUCGGGGUGCUAAGUUUGGGCAUCGGUGGGAUGGGAGUGGGAUUCCCCUUUCUCUUUCCGGUGGCGUUCAGAGCGGGAAAUGUCAAUGUGGGGCUCACUGCCCAGCACGGUGGGUGGAAGAUAGAAGAUAUUUCGGAUACAAAUGGAGUCCGACUCGGAUACAAAGCAGCGAAGGCGAAGCACUCAAAGGGGGAACUGGAAGAAAGGGUGGGCCGGCCCUUCAAUCUCCUUCCUCCUCCAGAGCCGCCUGUUUGCCUUGGCUAUGAAAAUCAAAUGACCUGGUCCGAAGCAUGCUUUGUAUUCGGGUUACCAACCUCACCCGUUUCUUGUUCAUUCUUCCUCUCUCUCUCUUUGUUUCUCACGGUUUAUACCAUACCAGUCGUAUCCAAUUCUUGAGUCGUCAAUCCCA